AUGCCAGACUUCAGUUAUUUCCUUCCGUGCGGAGACCGAACGAGCUGCAUGCUCGUCCUGGUGUACGGGUCGCCGGCGUCAGGGAAGACGACCCUGUGCAGGGCUCUCGCGGAUUCUCUGGAGUUUGCUGAAAGUCUCUCCCUUGCGUUUGUCGAGGCAGCUCGCUGUGGGUCCGCCGAGUCGUCAGGAGUCGCCCACUGUCUUCUCUGUCCGCGCCACGUGCGCAUCCAGCACAUUUGCUUCGACGCAAUUGAACGCGACCUGUUUGAGGCUAAGGAGACUUUUUCUUCCUCCUGCUCUCCGCAUGGCAAACACCUGAAACAGGCGGACAAGGACCUGCGACAGGCGGACGUUGCAGCGGCUCCCGCGCCUCCAGACUCGCUCCCUGGGCUCUCGUUUGCCUCUUCAAAAUCGUCGUCCUUCACUUCUGAGUCCUGUUCGCGCGGGCAUGUGCCUUCCGGCUCUGUCCCUCUCGCCUCUCGCCAGGACCUCCUGGCGGACAACUCCGCCGCCUUCUCUCCCGGUGAACGUCCUUCAAGUGGCGGGUCUGCUCCCUUCUCGACGAAGGCAUCUCACGCAUCUCAACCGUCUCCGGAGAGAAGGAACUUCGAUUGCUCGCUGCGCAGCGGCAGCCGCGGCGACGAGCCGGACAGGCCGAAGACAGCCCAGACGCGCUCCUUUGACCCGGAAGUGUGGAAGCUCUCCCGCCGGGUGGCGCGCGAGUUGAUAGAAGAUAUUCUCCAACAACGCGAGGCACGCUAUAGACCCGCGGUUCCUCUGUCGGAGCAACGCGCACGUCGGGGAUUUGCAAAGCAGCACGCAGACGAGCCACAUGAAACGCGAUUACAGUCCGGUACGCGAGAGAAGUCGCAGGACGAUGAUGUGCACCGACAGGGCGGAGGGAGGGAGGAGGACGUGGGGGCGGAGGGGCGUUUGGAAAUGAGAAGGAGCGAGGCUGCAGGCUCGUGGAGAGACUCGGCUAAGCGUCUGCCGGUGGAAAAGGAGACCACGGAACACAGGGAUUCUUCGCCGUCUCCCUUUGCGACUUCCUCGUUUGAUGCCACUCUUGCGCCGGCCUUCUCCUGUCCUUCCUCUUCGCUCGUCGACGCCGCUUCAUCUCCGCUGCUCGUGCUUCUAGUCGACGAUACCAUGCACCUUUCUUCCAUGCGGAAAACGUAUUUCCGCCUGGCUGCUCAGCAUCGCUGUGCCUUCCAUCAGGUCUUCCUCGACGUUCCUUUGGAACUCUGCGCCCGCCGGAACGAGCUUCGCUUCGUUGCCUUGCCUGUCGGCAGAGACCAGGCGGGAGAAGAAGAGAACCGUAAAGCGGAGGCGAAGGGAGGAGGCGCAACUGUCGCGCGUGACUCACAGCGAGGAGUGGAGGUGGAUACAGCGGAGAACGCGAGAACGAGCCGGAACGAUGUCUCACUGCGGCAGGUGGAGGCAGGCCAAACGGAGGAGCGGACAGUGAUAACCGGCUGCGUAGGAGAUGAGAAGAAGGAGCGAAAUCGAAACCCCGAUGAACACGGGCAACUGACGCCUGCGUUUCCUCCGCCAGGUGAAGUCCUUCAGCGACUCCACAGGGGACUUUCGGAUCACCGAGAAGCCCAGAGAGGAGCCCUCUCCGGCGCGUGUGUGUCAAAUCAGAGGCUCCUAGAACUGGAGAGGGAGGUGCUAGAUGAGCUGCGCAGUGAGCUCGAGGAGACAACGCCAAGUUCGAUUUCCUUCCCAUUGUUGUCCCUGCCGCUGUUAUCUGCCGCAUGCUCGUCUUCUUGCUCUUCUGCGUCUCUGCCCUCCGCUUCAACGUCUUCUGCGUCUUUUCCGCUCGGUCCUCAUUCGCCCUUUUCUUCCUCCGUUCUUCGCGCGUCUCCUUUGCUUACGUCCUCUGUUCAUCCGGCGCAGGCGUGCUUGCUCUGCGGCGCAGCCGCCUCCAAGAGCUGCGCUCGAGAGGCUUCGCCUUCGCGUUCCUGCAGUCUGGUUCGCGGCGUGUCUCUGCUGGAGCCCGCGGCGGCAGAGAGCGGGCCGCAGGGCGAGCGCAACGGGGCGAAGAGACAGGCCGGGAAAGGAGUAAAGAGAAAGGUCUGCGAGGGCCGAUGCAAGUGGGAGAGACUUUCUUGUCGCUGCCACUCGUGGCGGCUUCAGCUCAGGGAGGAUCAAGGCGAAUUCCCAAGGCCUGAAGUCUGCGCGCGCGCCGUCGCGGCGGCCUUUCGUCACUCUCGCUGCUGGGCGCCGGCGCUCGCGCCUUUCAAUUCCAAGGAAGACCGAGACCAGAGGAGCGACCCGCCCAGAGGCGAGAAUGAGAGGGCGCGCCAAGGAGACGUUCUAUCUGCGCUUGACUUGGCUCUCCGCCGUCUCAUUCACACACUAGCUGCGCAGGCGCCGAAAGCGAAUGCCAGAGGUGUGACCUGGCGGCCGGCUCAGCAGUGGGCGAAACGGAAGAAAGAGUUUCUUGAAGAAUGUCGGAGACGCCUCCAUGCGCAGGGCGUCGAAGGCACAGCGGGAAAUGGCGAUGGAGGCGGUCCUGAGGCGCGCAGAGACGACCGGGGUGACGGCGUGGACACGAGUGGAGCGGCCGAAAUGCAUGCCCUGUGUGCACACCUGACUGAAAGGUUUCGGCAGGCUUGUUUGGCAGAUCUGGAUGAGUUUCAGAAAUCAGGAAUCUAG